AUGUCUACCAACCCCGCGCUCGGUGACGCGGAAAAGGCCGCUGAUCCAGUCGUUUUCAACAGCCCUGAGCAGAACACAGACCAAUCUGCUGCUGACCUGGUCAAGAACAUCAAGUCGCCGGGUGUCUCUCGUAUCGAGGCCAUCUCGGGCGCCAUCACCACACUUGAUCGUUAUUUCAUCUUCUUCAGUGUCUUCCUCGUCGCUUACUGCUAUGGUCUUGAUGGCACGCUGAGAUACACUUACCAGCCCUAUGCCACAGGAUCAUUCGACAGCCACUCUCAACUGUCCACCGUCAAUGUCAUCCGUGCCGUCAUUGCGGCGGCGGCCCAGCCAACGGCCGCCAAGAUUGCCGAUGUCUUUGGCCGUGUUGAGCUGAUUUGCGUUUCAGUCUUCUUCUAUGUCAUCGGCACGGUGAUCGAGGCUUCUGCCACUAAUAUGGCGACUUAUGCCGGCGGCAACGUUAUCUACCAGGUCGGCUACACCAUGAUCAUGCUCCUGGUUGAAGUUAUCAUUGCCGACAUCACGUCCACCCGCUCCCGUCUCUUCUUCAGCUACAUCCCCGCACUACCCUUCAUCAUCAACACGUGGUGCAGCGGCAAUAUUGCCAGUGCUGUCCUGGGUGUCACUACCUGGAAAUGGGGCAUCGGCAUGUGGUGCAUCAUCUAUCCUGUGUGCGCCCUGCCGCUCAUCAUCAGCCUCUCACUUGUGGGACAUCGCGCCAAGAAGCAGGGCCGUCUCGUCAACUACCGCUCCUCUUUUGAGCUUCUCGGAUUCAAGAACCUCAUUAUCGAGCUGUUCUGGCUGCUGGAUGUCAUUGGCAUCAUUCUUCUCAUUGCCGUGUUCGCCCUCAUCCUCGUGCCCUUCACACUGGCUGGCGGAGUCCACAGCGAAUGGCGCACCGCCCACAUCAUCGCACCACUUGUCGUUGGCUUUUGCUGCAUCCCAUUCUUUGUCUACUGGGAGCUCAAGGCUCCGCACCCGCUGGUUCCCUUUUCCCUCAUGAAGGACCGAUCUGUGUGGGCUCCCAUGGGCAUUGCCAUCUGCCUCAACUUUGCGUGGACGAUGCAGGGCGACUUUCUUUACACCGUCCUGGUCGUUGCAUUCAACUUCACAAUUACCACCGCGACCCGCGUUACAUCGCUGUACUCAUUUGUCAGCGUCAUUAUUGGAGCCCUCCUCGGCAUAGUGGUUUACAAAGUCCGUCGUCUUAAGAUCUUCGUCAUUAUGGGAACUUGUCUGUUCAUGGUAGCUUUUGGAUUGCUCAUUCAUUACCGUGGAUCUGUGUCGGGCUCUAGCCGAGCAGGUGUCAUUGGCGCUCAGGUCGUUCUGGGCGUUGCUGGCGGUCUCUUCCCUUAUACCGCUCAAGCGUCCAUCCAAGUGGGCCUGAAGCAUGAAAACUUGGCCGUCAUAACUGGUCUCUACUUGGCGCUUUACAACAUCGGAUCUGCUCUGGGAAAUACUGUGUCUGGAGCCUUGUGGACUCAGCUACUCCCUAAGACUCUGGAGAACCGGCUGGCAAACAUCAACUCCACGUUGGCGGCUGAAGUCUACGGCAACCCUCUCGUAGCUAUCCUUCCCUACCCUCCAGGCACGCCUGAGAGAGACGCCAUUGUCGAUGCCUACCAGCAUAUCCAGCGCCUUCUCACAAUCACCGGUAUCUGCAUUUGCAUUCCUCUCAUUGCGUUUUCUCUGGCCAUUCGCAAUCCUCGUCUCACAGGCGAGCAGACUUUGGCCUCUGACUCUGACACCGAAGAGGCUCAGCAGCAGCAGCGCUCGGACAAAUAG